GGGUGCUGAGCAGCGGGAGCAGUGAGGAGAGAAGCCGUUAGCUGAAUCCAAAUCAGGGAAUCCCAAACAGCGUUUCUUAGUUAGUUCAUCAGAGAUGGAGCGACCCCGGAGACAGCUGGAGGAGACCAAGCUGGGGGGGGAAGCUUUACCUCCAGACGUUAAGAAAGUGAUUGUUGGUGAAGAGGAGCAGCAGACGUUUAGCUCCAGUGUGGACCAGGAGGAGACAAAGCCCCCACCAAACAUUAAAGUGGAACAGGAGGAGUGUAGCUCCAGUGUGGACCAGGAGGAGCUAACACCCCCCCUAAACAUUAAAGAGGAGCAGCAGACGUUUAGCUCCAGUGUGGACCAGGCGGAACCUGAGCCCCCCCCACACAUUAAAGAGGAACAGGAGGAACCGUGGAGCAGUCAGGAGGGAGAGCAGCUUCAAGGGCUGGAGGAGGAUGAUAUCACCAAGUUCCCAUUCACUCCUGUCCCUGUGAAGAGUGAAGAUGAUGAAGAGGAAGCUCAGUCCUCACAGCUUCAUCAAAGACACACUGAGGAGAACAGAAAGGCAGAACCUCAGUCAGGCUCAAACUCUCUGAAAGAUGAUUCAAGAUGUAAGAAAAGAUUUAGCUGCUCUGAGUGUGGGCAAAAAUUUUGUUUAAAGUCACAUCUGAACAAACAUAUGAUAACUCACACAGGAGAGGAUCCUUUCAAUUGCUCAUUUUGUAAGAAAUCUUUCACACAGAUUGGAAAUUUACGGGCACACAUGAGAAUCCACACAGGAGAAAAACCUUUCAGCUGCUCUGACUGUGGUAAAGCUUUUACUGAGAGUGGACACCUGAAGAGACACAUGAGAACUCACACAGGAGAAAGACCUUUUAGCUGCUCUGUUUGUGAGAAAUCUUUUACACAAAGAGAAAAUUUACGGUCACACAUGGUAGUCCACACAGGAGAAAAACCUUUCAGCUGCUCAGUCUGUAAGAAAUAUUUCACACUGAAAGCACAUUUACGGUCACACAUGGUAGUCCACACAGGAGAGAAAAGAUUCAGCUGCAGUGUUUGUAACAGAAGAUUUCCCCGAAGCUUUCAGCUCAAAACACAUAAAUGUGUUGGUCCGAUGGAACCAGAAGCUGAUGGAGAGGACUGUGGAGGACCAGAACCAGCCAGGAACCCACAUCCACUUUUACAACCAGAGACUGAAGACCAGACUGGAGACUCUUCUGAGACUGAUGACAGUGCUGAUUGGGAGGAGACCGAAGAACCUCAGUCAGCUUUAAACUCUCUGAAACAUGAUUCAACAUAUGUGCAGCAGCUGUUGGUGGUUAAAGAAGAGGCCCCACACAUUAAGGAGGAACAGGAGGAACUGUUCCCAUUCCCUCCUGUCCCUGUGAAGAGUGAAGUUGAUGAAGAGAAAGCGGUGCAGCAGCUGUCGGUGGAUGAAAAUGCAGUUCCCCCUGAGCAGCAGGAGUGUAGCUCCAGUCUGGACCAGGAAGAACCAGAGUUCCCCCCACACAUUAAAGAGGAACAGGAGGAACUGUGGAGCAGUCAGGAGGGGGAGCAGCUUCAAGGGCUGGAGGAGGCUGAUAUCACCAAGUUCCCAUUCACUCCUGUCCCUGUGAAGAGUGAAGAUGAUGAAGAGGAAGCUCAGUCCUCACAGCUUCAUCAGAGACACACUGAGGAGAACAGAGAGGCAGAACCUGAACCACAGUCCGCUUUAAACUCUCUGAAAGAUGAUUCAAGAUGUAAGAAAACAUUUAGCUGCUCUGAAUGUAAGAAAAGAUUUUACUUCAAGUCGCAUCUGAAAAGACACGAGAUGACUCACACAGGAGAAAAGCCUUUCAGCUGCUCUGAGUGCGGCAAAUGUUUUACAGAAAGUGGAACUUUACGGAAACACGUAAGAACACACACAGGAGAUAAACCAUUUAGCUGUUCAGUUUGUGAAAAAUCUUUUACAAAGAGUGAAGGUUUUCAGGCACACAUGCGAAGCCACACAGGAGAGAAACCUUUUAGCUGCACGGAGUGUGAUAAAAAAUUUAGUCUUAAUAAACUUCUGACAAGACACAUGAGAACUCACCAAGAAGAGAGACCUUUCAGCUGCUCAAUCUGUAAGAAAUCUUUUACACAAAAUGGAAAUUUAAGAAUACACAUGACCAUCCACACAGGACAGAGGCCAUAUAGCUGCUCAUUCUGUGAGAGAGCUUUCACAGCGAGAGGAGGUUUAGUAAAACACAUGAGAAUCCACACAGGAGAGAGGCCGUUUACCUGCUCCGUAUGUAAGAAAACCUUUAUAGAUAAAGGAACUUUAAAUAGACAUAUGAGAAUCCACAAGGGACAAAAACUGUCUACUUGUGUUAGUGAUGUAAAAAAGCAGCAGGAGUGUAGCUCCAGUGUGGACCAGGAGGAGCCAGAGCCCCCCCUAAACAUUAAAGAGGAACAAGAGGAGUGUAGCUCCAGUGUGGACCAGGAUGAGCCAAAGCCCCCCCUAAACAUUAAAGAGGAACAGGAAGAGUGUUGCUCCAGUGUAGCCCAGAAGGAGCCCGAGCCCCCCCUACACAUUAAAGAGGAACAAGAGGAUCUGUGGAGCAGUCAGGAGGGAGAGCAGCUUCAAGGACUGGAGGAGGCUGAUAUCACCAAGUUCCCAUUCACUCCUGUCCCUGUGAAGAGUGGAGAUGAUGAAGAGGAAGCUCAGUCCUCACAGCUUCAUCAAAGACAAACUAAAGAGAACAGAGAGAUAGAACCUCAGUCAGGCUCAAACUCUGUGAAAAAUGAUUUAAGAUGUAAGAAAACCUUUAGCUGCUCAGAAUGUGGGAAAACAUUUGACUUCAAGUCAUGUCUGAAGAGACACAUGAUAACUCACACAGGAGAAAAGCCUUUCAGCUGCUCUGAGUGCGGGAAAUGUUUUACAGAAAGUGGAACUUUACGAGCACACAUGAGAAGCCACACAGGAGAGAAGCCUUUUAGCUGCUCUGAGUGUGACAAAAGAUUUAGCCUCAAUAAACUUCUGAAGUCACACAUGAGAACUCACACAGGAGAGAGACCUUUCAGCUGCUUAUUCUGUGAGCAGUCAUUUGGACAGAGUGGAAAUUUACGGAAACACAUGACCAUCCACACAGGACAGAGGUCAUUUAUCUGCUCCGUCUCCGUCUGUAAGAAAACGUUUAGAGAUAAAGGAAGUUUAAAUAGACACAUGAGAGUCCAUAAGGGACAAGAUCGUGUCUGCAAUUCGGGAAGUGGUGCUGGUGACAAACCAAUUAGCUGCUCUGAGUGUGGGAGAAGAUUUUGGACCAAGCAAAAUCUGAAGAGACACAUGAGAACUCAUACGGGAGAGAAACCUUUCAGCUGCUCAGUCUGUAAGAAAUCUUUUACAGAUAGUGGAAAUGUACGGAGACACAUGACAACUCACACAGGAGAGAGGCCAUUCAGCUGCAGUGUUUGUCACAAAACAUUUGGCUGGCGUUCGCAGGUCAAAACACAUAAAUGUGUUGGUCGUCAGCUGUCACAGCUUCAUCAGAGUCAAACGGAGGAGAACAGAGAGGCGGAGCCUCCAGCCAGCAGAGAAACUCAACACAUGGAAAGCGAAGCUGAUGGAGAGGACUGUGGAAGACCAGAACCAGCCAGGAACUCACAUACACUUUUACAACCAGAGACUAAAGACCAGACUGGAGACUCUUCUGAUCCUGAGACUGAUGACAGUGCUGAUUGGAAGGAGACCAGAGAACCUCAGUCAGCUUUAAAGUCUCUGAAACAGGAUUCAGGAGGUAAGAAAACAUUCAGCUGCUCUGAGUGUGGGAGGAGAUUUGGCUGGACGGAUCAGCAGAGUCCCAUCUGCGUUGGGAUCUGUAGGGUCAGCAGAUCUGGACUGAUAGAGUCCAGGCAGACUGGCACGCUGCUCUGCCCCCCCCCUGCAGGUGUGGUGUGCCGCUCUGCCAGAGAGGAGGAUUGA